AUGGCCAACAACAGCAGUUCUCGACAAGGACAGAUUUUUGAUAAUUGCUCGUAUCUUUACAUUAACUUAUACUUUGUAUCACAUGAUGAUAUAGAAGAUUUAUGUAAGAUAAUUAAUUGGGCAUAUAGAGGUAAGCCUUCACCAUUGUCGCCUGGAGAAUAUUAUUUCGGUUGGAUUGGUGAACAACAUUUAUUGAUAGGUGCACGAAUUACGUUCAAAGAACUUCAACAGUUAAUCGAUGAUAAACCACAUAGUCUUCUUCUUGUUGCAAAGCUUAAAACAUUUUCUGGACCGAAGCUUGUUCGCUGUUGUAAAAUUAGUCUACAUGAAAAAAAUUUACAGAUGAGUGAUGAAGAAAAACAAGAUGUAGCUGUUGAAUUCGUUCUGAAAGCUGUAGAUCCUGAUUAUUGA